AUGGGAAAACAUGAAAGAGGAACACCGAAGGAUAUUGCGAACAGGAUCAAAUCGAAAGGAUUGCAAAAACUGAGAUGGUUCUGCCAAAUGUGCCAGAAGCAGUGUCGUGAUCAAAACGGUUUCAAAUGUCAUCUUACUUCGGAAUCUCAUCAAAGGCAGCUUUUGCUCGUCGCUGAAAACACCAACUCUUUUCUGCGACAGUUCAGCAGAGAUUUCGAGGCUAAUUUCAUGCAGAUUCUCAAGACAUCUUUUGGAACCAAGCGAGUUCGUGCCAACGAAGUUUAUCAGGAGUACAUUAAAGAUAAGGUACCAAGCCAUUCUAUCUCUGUGCUUUUCUUAUAA